UUCAAAGAUAUUACCAAAUAGGUCUUUGUUGAUGGAGUCAAGGAAGGCUUAAGGAGAAUUUAAGCUGCGUAUGGAUGACACCCGAGCGUGGAAGGUUAAGGAAAGAGAGAAAGAACAUAAAUUUCCAGUUCGAUGCUUCUCGCGUGUGUGCGUUACCUGUAAGGUGUGUUACCUUUAAGGAGAUUCCCAAGACAUUGUUGUACACACAGAAUGGAAUUAAUUUAAAGAAAGGAAUAAAAUAAAACAACACUGAAAUUAGCUAAAUCAACAACAACAAAAAGAAGAAGCAAAAAAGCAAAGCAAAUCGAAAAAUCAGGAUUUUUUUUUUUCUCAUAAUCUCAAAUCCAUUUGAUAUUUUGUAUGAAAGAAUGAUGGUAGCCACACCAAUAACAGAGCAACUCUCCGCAAAGUGUUCCAAACAUCAUAUUGAUGUCACCUCUGAUGUUGAUGAUAGUCUGAAUGUGUUCGCAAAUGGUGACAGUGAGAUUUCACUGAUUCAGAAAGCUAAGAUUAAGAAAACUGAAGAGAAAAACGAUGUCAGUGAGAAACUGGAAGAAAGCAGUCAAAGCGAUUCUAUGUUAACUGAUGAUGGUGACACAGAAACCAGUAGCAUCGGGUCAAACAAAGGGUCGACUGGAUUGACCCCAGAUGAAAUUAAAGUUGAUGAACAAGUGAUUGAAAAGAAAGUUAAAAAAAAAUAUUAUUGGUAUGGCAACCAUAAACUAGUGAAACCCAUCAAAGACAUCCCACCACGAUUCCAACAGAUGCUGGCAGAAACUAAUGCUGAAAAAAUACGAUGUGAAGGACGACCUAUCAUUCUACAACAGCAGGUUGAACAGAACCGAAAUGACGCAAACAUUACGUCAACGUCUUUCAACCCAGAUGCACAGUGUUUUAUUCCGAAUCAAAUAUUUGACAAGAUGGAUGCUAACGUUAAGGACAUGCCAUUGUCCGUGACAAAUGGAGUAAGCAACAGUAGCAGCAGUGAUAGUAGCAGCAGUUGCAGUAGUAAUAGUAGUAAUACCAGUAACAGUAUGAUGUGUAGCAGAUCUGGAUGUGGUAAUGCAGUGAGUGGUACUCAUUCUGAAAUGCUGUCACCUGCCAAUGGAGCACACGUGCCCUUCACAGCGAAUCCUAUAUACACAAUACACAUUUACAGCUCAGCGAACACUCCGAUGACAAAUGCAAGCAUUUCUUCAUCUGCUAACCCUUGCUGCAUGCAUGCCACUAAUUCAUGUACUAACAUGUACCCUUCAGCAAACAACCAGCAACCAUUACAAGCACCGGUGUAUUAUACCUCGCAGCCGUUUUCACAACCAACCUAUGCAACAGCUGAAUAUCAACCAUUCAGACAUUCCGUAAAUCAUGCCCAGUCGGUCCAGUAUGCUCCCUGUAUUACUUAUACUCAAAAUCACCAAUACCCGUUAGCUGCAAUGCCUCAUUAAUUUGCAGUCAAAGCAUUACCCUCUUCCAUUUAGGGUAGAAUUGAAGAUUUCAGAAUCAGAAAAUAUCGAAUGUUGUGUCUCAGGAAUUAGACCAUUUAGAGUGACCGACUGAUCUCAACACAUUCAUACUACGGAAACUUGUUAGCAACACUGACCAACUGACCGUAGUUAUGUUGCUGUUAUAGAAACUGACACUGACCACAACUAUAUAGAUGUGAGCACUGACUGCAAAUGUGCUGAAAUACCUUUUGACAUUGACCACAGCUAACAUAAUGUGGCUGUCCUGGAAGGGAUGACUGUUACUGUUGUUUAGCACCAGGAAAUAUCAUUUCCAGCUGGCUACACGACACAAUAUUUGUGUCCUUAUAUAUUGUCAUAUAGAUAUUGGGUCAUAUAGCCAAGUGGAACCGCUAUUUCCUGGGGCUAAACAACAGUAAGAGUCUUCCCUUCCAGAACAGCCGCAUUAUGUUGGCAAAUAGCAUUUACUUAAAAGAACUGUUACUGAAAUCUCUCUAUGAGAGAUUUAGAAAUAAUAAUAUUGACAACAGCUGCUUGGAAUAUUGAAUCACAUAGUGAAACUGAGAACUGACCACUGCCAUCUUGCAACCAUAAAUAAUGUAUUGAUAUUAUAGAUACUGACCAAUUGCCUACAUCUGUAUUGAUGUUAUACGUACUAACACUGACAGGUAACUAUACUAACACUCUCAUUACUGAUAACAUAGUGACUGAUAUGCUGAUAUGAAAUCAAUUUAUUGAUUCUUGCAGCAUAUAUUUCCUAAAUGGUAUAUGAUAUGACCAAACAAGGUGACAGCAGAAAUAUAACUUAUAAUAAGAAAGAAAGGCACUGGAAAAAAAUUUUAUACAAACACUUACGAACAAUGUACAAAUGAACAAACGUUACAAGCUGAGAAUAAAAUAUUUUUAAUAUAUUUAUGAAUGGUACUGAUAUGAUACACUCAAUAUUUGGGAUAUAUCAAAUAGUUAUGAUGCAUCAAAUAUUUGUGAUAUAUCAGAUAUCACAUGAAAUAUCAUAUGAUAACAAUUAAGGUUAGAGCUUUGUCUUAAUAUUCUAAAUUUAACUCUUAUAGUCAAAAGGAAAAAAAAUUCAAUAUUAUAAGACUGGAAACCUUGUUUUCUUUUUAGAAUACUGCAUAGAACCAUAGUUAUUAUAAAUUUUACAUUGACAUUAACAAGAAAUUAGACAAUGUCCUUGACAAACAAAGGUGAUUAAUACAGACAGGACUAUUUCUUCUACCAAUAACAUUAAGUACAAAUAAUUUAUGUGAGGUUAAGUUAAUUGACACCAAUCCUUCAUCGUUCUUUCAGAUCAUUGAAAAAUAGGGGUGAAAAAGGGCAAUAAACUGGCAGCAACAAUAUUUAGUGGGCCAGUCUAAACAGCAUGCUACGUUAAGUUGCAUUCCUUAACAUUCAGAAUUCAAAUGAGACCAAGACGUAAAUAUACAUUUUGCUGCUCUAGAGUUGAUAAAUUAUAUAGAUAAUAGUCAUAUACGAAGAUUUAUUUAUCCACCUAUGCCCCUCCCAUAUGAAUAUGGGAGGGGUAAAAAACCAAGAGCACUCGAUUGGAUGAAUUGGUAGAGUGGCAGCUUUUCCCCACCCAAAUUUCUGGUGUUGUGCUCAUUGCUAAAAAUUAUAAUUAUUUGAAAAAGUCUAAUUAAAAUUAUCAUAUUUUGUAGUAUUGAGUAUUAUCUGAUAUAUCACAAUCUUGUACUGCUAUCAUUGUAUUGAAUAUCACAUAUAUGGCAGCUGUAUUACCAACUUUUAUCCCCUAGAUCAUAAUUAUCCUGUAUAUUACAAUUCUAAUAUCAAUUGUUAUUCCAUGUAUCACGAUUGUAAUAUGAAAUGUUAUUGCAUGUAUUGCUUUCAUGAUAUCAAAUGUUAUCACCCAUAAUGCAAUAAACAUUACAAUAGAAA